CAGGGGUUUCGGUGAUGUAUGAGUUUGUUUCUGUUACUUGUUUUCUUACCUUGAGUUUGCCCUUUAUGAAGAUUGAAAGUGUGAUGAGAGAGGUGGCAUAGGGUAGAGGUGAGAUUUGAGGUUAUUUUUUCCUGUCUCUCUGGCCAGUUAGUCCUGACCACUUUCUCUUAAGAUUGUUGAGAUAGGGAUUUUGGACUUGCUAUCGUGAACUCCUGCGUUGGCUUGCAUUUUAAUCGGGAUCAUUCAUCAUUUUGAUGGAUUCUUCACAGCUUUUUGCCAUCACCUUCUUAGUGAAUGUCACUUCUUUCACUUUCCAGUAUGUUUGUCUGUGUGUGGAAUAUAGCCAUUUUACAUGUUAAGCUAAGUUUGUCAGCGUUGCAGUUUCUUCUACCUAGUAUUCUUUGUGCAUUUCAUUUCGGAUUCUUACUAGCAUUUCUGUGCAGGUGAAGACAUCUGCAUUUGACAUCUCUGUGGAAUCUGAAGUUAGCAUACGAACCCACCUCCCUGAUUAUACUCCUAUUGUCCGCUCGGGAGCUUUUUCGGAUAUUGGCUUUCGCUCAAGAAUGGAGGACGUCUAUGCAUGUAUUGAUGAUUUUACAAUUGAUAAUGGUCUCAGACAUGAUAUUGAUGGGCCUAACGCCUUCUAUGGGGUAUUUCUCUCUCGUCUUUCAAUUGCGAUCUCCCCCUCCCUUUUGUGAAUGCUCAAGUUCUGGAUAAUUUAAUUACUACAUCUUUACUAGGUUUAUGGUAUUGUACCAUUUGUCAGUCUUCUCAUGACAAAAUUGAUGAACAUUGGAUCGACCGUUGUGUUAGAUUGUGGCAAAUAUUAAGACUGCAGGUUUUUAUGUCAGAGUUUUUCUUCUUGCCUCUGUGUCAAAAGACUUGACAUGUUUGUCAUCAUUGAUCCUAGUUCAGUCAUGUCUUCAGCCUUCACUGGUGAUUAUUCUGCAAAUAUUGGAUGGUCAUUAGAAUAUUGAGCCGAACUUUUUAUGUUGGGGACAUUGCGGCCAGGUGUUUGAUGGGCAUGGAGGGAAACACGCUGCAGAUUUUGCAUGCCACCAUUUGCCGAGAUUCAUCAUUGAGGAUGAAGACUUUCCUAGAGAUAUAGAAAGGGUCAUUGCAUCUGCUUUUCAGCAGACUGAUAGUGCUUUUGCAGAGGCGUGCUUGCUUGAUGCUGGUCUUGCUUCUGGUACCACUGCUUUGGUUGCUUUAGUUAUGGGAAGGUUAGUAGAUGUUUUAUCUUGCAAAUAUACGAGCAGUUAAUGAAUCAAGUUUGUGGAUGGUUCCAUGGCUUAUCAUUUAAGUAUCUGUAACAGUGGAGCACCUUUUGAACAUUACAUGACUUCUUUGGAGACUCUUUUUGCAACUUGUACUUGUAUGUGCAGGGCUGAGAUAAUCUCAUGCCCCUAGUAAUGUAUCGUACACCUUGGUUCUUAGUGAUCCUUUAGUGUUUGAAGGGGCUUUAGAAUGCUUCAAGCACAGAAGUAGAAUGCUGUGUUGAAGUCAACAAGUUGAAUGACUUGGCCCUUUACUGUCUCAUCACUAGUAAAUGCUACUCAACUAGACUUUGUUUCUUGAUGUUUUGUUUGCACUAUGUCCUUUUUUUUUGCAGGGUAAGAGGGGGUUUUCAUUUAUUAAUAUCAGAGUUGUUUGUUUGGUUGUUUGGUUUCUUGAUUUUCAGUCUGUGAUGACAGGUUAUUGGUGGUGGCAAAUGCUGGAGACUGUCGGGCAGUGCUUUCUCGGCGUGGCAAAGCAGUUGAGAUGUCUCGCGAUCACAAACCAGGCUGCACCAUAGAACAGAAACGCAUCGAGGCAUCUGGAGGAUCUGUUGAUGAUGGCUACCUAAAUGGACAGCUCAAUGUUGCUCGGGCAAUAGGAGAUUGGCACAUGGAAGGGCUGAAAGCCCUGGAAGGUGGUCCGCUUAGUGCCGAGCCUGAGCUAAUAACCACAGAGCUGACAGAAGAUGAUGAAUUCCUCAUCAUAGCAUGUGAUGGAAUAUGGGAUGUGUUCAGGAGCCAAAAUGCAGUAGACUUUGCCCGGCGGAGGCUUCAGGAGCACAAUGAUCCAGUUGUCUGUAGCAAAGAUUUGGUUGAUGAAGCCCUAAAGAGGAAGAGUGGGGACAAUCUAUCUGCUGUUGUUGUUUGCUUUCAGGCUGGGCCACCCCCAAACUUGGUUGCCCCACGUUCUAGGGUGCAGAGGAGCUUCUCUGCCGAGGGCUUGAGGGAGCUGCAGAGCUUCUUGGAUGACUUGGCCAAUUGAGAUGAUGAUGACGACUGGUUCCCUGUUUUUUUACCGGUUCCAUUUUUCCUAGUAGAGUCCACUAAUUUGAAUUUAUUGUUUAGUUUUAGCCUUUUAGGUAUUGAUGAGUCACUCCCAACUGUAACAUAUGCGGCUGCAAGGUGGUGGUAAUUUUCUUCAUAAUCUGUUCUCCCUCGUUGAAGUAGGCAAGGCAUAUGCCUUGACGUUGGAACUAUUUAUUCCAUGGUGAUCAAGCAAUCCCAGAUAACGAGAAGGACACCGGUGACUUUUAAGUCUGGUGGAUGGCUCAGCGGCAUUAGGAUGUGACGUCUUAGCAUCUGUACCAUGUCUUGACUUUUUGUUUCUCAUCGUUUAACUUGUUCAGCAAGGAAGUUUGUGUACUGUCUGGUAGCAUGGUGUAGGGGUCAAGUUCCUUCAUAUUUGUUAACAGGUCAUUCAUAAUAUAUAAGAAAUGGAUUU